AUGAAAUUGAUGCAUAAACUCCCAAAAAAAAAAAAAACUGUAAUUCCUCUAAAAGUGAACCAGACUUCUGAAGUCACCUUCAUCCUUGUGGGCUUUUCUGAAUAUCCAGACCUCCAGGUGCCCCUCUUCCUGGUGUUCCUGUCCAUCUACACAGUCAGCGUGCUGGGGAAUUUGGGCAUGAUUGCCAUCAUCAGGGUCAAUCCCAAACUCCACACCCCCAUGUACUUUUUCCUUAGUCACUUGUCCUUUGUGGAUUUCUGUUACUCUACUGUAGUAACUCCGAAACUAUUAGAAAACUUGAUUGUAGAAGAUCGAACCCUCUCCUUCACAAGCUGCAUCAUGCAAUUCUUCUUUGCAUGUGUAUUUGUAGUGACAGAAACCUUCAUGUUGGCGGUGAUGGCCUAUGACCGAUUUGUGGCUGUUUGUAAGCCUCUUCACUACACAGUUGCAAUGUCACAGAAACUUUGUUCCUUUUUAGUGGGUACAUCAUACUGUUGGGGAUUAUUCUGCUCCCUGACACUUACUUGCUUUUUAGUGAAAUUGCCCUUCCAAGGAAAUAAUUUCAUAAAUAAUUUUGUCUGUGAGCAUGCUGCUAUUGUUGCUGUGUCUUGCUCUGACACCUACAUUAGCCAGAUGAUCAUUUUAGUCUCUGCUACGUUUAAUGAAAUUAGCAGUCUGAUGACCAUUCUUACUUCCUAUGGUUUCAUUUUUACCACAAUCAUGAAGAUGCCUUCACCUGGGGGGCGUCAUAAAGCCUUCUCUACAUGUGCUUCCCACUUGACUGCCAUUACCAUUUUCCAUGGCACAAUCCUGUUCCUCUACUGUGUUCCAACCACCAAGAGCUCAUGGCUCAUGGUCAAAGUUGCCUCUGUCUUCUAUACAGUGGUCAUUCCCAUGUUGAACCCCCUGAUCUAUAGCUUGAGGAACAAAGAUGUGAAAGAGACAGUCUGGAAGUUAAUAAAAAACAAAUUCCAUUGUCACAUAUCAUAA